GUUUGACCGAGUUUUAGAAAAUUAUAUCAACGUUCACAAUACAAAAUUUAUAUCAUUUGAUCAAAUAUGAAAAGUAGUUCCAUAUUUUAUCUAUUAGGUAUUACAAAUGUUGUUAUUUUAUUCUAUAAUCUUGGUCAAACAUUGAAAUAGCUAAUUUGUACGGAAAUCAAUAUACCUUAUUUUAGAACCACACAAGCUGGAGCUUUCUUUUUCACUCUCAGCCCACAAAAGUCAGAGGCAGCACCGUUUCCCACUCCUGUUGAUAUGAAGGAUAAAAGAAAGUCCAAGGCAUAGAAAAAGAACAGUCAAACAAAGGCACACCAUCCGCAUUUCCCCUUUCGUCCAUGCACCUAUCUAGCUUCUACAUCCUCCCAAAGACUCCAUUGUUUUCUCAUCCCAACCAGAGACACAGUACACAUGCAUCAUCCACUCUAGAUGACUAUGGCCGUGGCCAGCCUGCCGUUCUUGGCCUCGCUGUUCAUCCUCCUCCCUCACCAUGUGGUGGACGCCGAGUGCGAGCCGGUGGCGUGCGGGAACUUCACCAUCAGGUACCCGUUCUGGCUCGGCGCGCCCAGCCGGCCCACGCCGGAGCCCUCCUGCGGCCACCCGGCCUUCGAGCUCUGGUGCGGCGGCAGCAGCAACACCUCGGCUUCCAUGCGUGGCUCCGCCAUCCAGGUCCUCGGCAUCGACUACGGCGCCAGCUCCCUCGUCGCGUCUCACAGCAGAUUCUCGGCGCGGGAGGACGGCGUGUGCCGCGCCGACUUCAACAUGUCGUCCAGCCUGGCCCUCAGCCCGUUCAACAUCAGCCCCAGCAACAUGGCCUUUUGCCUCCUCUUCGACUGCAAGAACGGGACGGAGCCACGGGGACGCGGCUACGUGAACGCGACGGGCGGCUGCGACAAACCCAUCGUGGCGUACCUCGGGGGGAGCUACGAUCGGGACACGCCGCCGGCGAUCCGGACGGGUGACUGCACGUACACGUACCUGCCUGUGCUCGGGACGGAGGCGGCGGUGUCCACGGCGGCCAACUACAGCCGGCUGCUCAAGGCCGGGUUCCUCCUGGACUGGGCGGGCACCGGCGGCAUCGGCGACUGCCCCGCCUGCGUCGCCAGCGGGGGCCAGUGCCGGUACAGGAACGCGAUCGGGGCGCUCGCCUGCCUCUGCCCCGGCGGGGAGCUUCGCGGCCCGACAUGCGCCGGUGAGUUCGCCUCCGCCCACGCCGCCACUUGCCUCUACUCUACUGUACUGCAUACCGGUCAGCCAUAUCGGCACAUGCGCGUUUGAUUAGUCCGAUCUUCCUCCCUGGUUCGUUCGUUGCAUUUCCGGCGCAUGGUGGAAUAUUGGCGUUUAGCCAGUGCUGUCCCGAUCUUCCGUAGGCCCCAUGGAGAUUUCACCGUUGGCUUUUCGAUCUGGUGGUGUUCUUGC